AUGUCGCUGUUGCUGAAGCCUUCGGAGUAUGGUGGGCUCAAAGGCACGGCAGUCGCUGGCCGGGUCGUCAUUAUGCUGGAGCAGGAAGUGAAGAGCAAAGCUGCUUCCGCCGCGGCGGCCACGCCUUCCAAGGGGAAAGGCAAGAAGUCCUCGAAAGCAAGCUCGCAGCCGCCAUCUUCCACGAAGUUGGAGAUGCACAUCGCAGGCGCAGACUCAGUGAAUGAGGUGGUGUAUGUGGAGGCUUGGGGAGAGCAAGCUACUCAACUCGGCCUGCGCUGCAAGGUGGGAGACUUGAUCGCCCUCACGGGCGCGACCGUGAUCUCCACUGCGCAGAUGUACUCCACUUCUAGGCUACCUUACCACCUUCGCGUCAAAGGCAUUGUGGGUACGCAGGUGUUGGUCCAAAAGUUGGAGAGCUUGCCCUGGAGCGGCGUCCCUGCUCAUCAUCCUUUGGUGCCACUGCAGUCGCUGGCUCGCGUGAAAGACCGACAGCAGAUCUGUGUGGCCGCGCAAGUGGACGACAACCCGGGCGCGAUCGAGAGGGACACCGUCCAAGGCCGCGUUCUGGUCUGCAAUGCCAUCGUGCAGCAGAAUGGCGUUCGAGUGCGGUGCGCUUUCUGGAGGGAGCACGCUGAAAAGCUCGCGACCUGCCAGGCUGGAACCUGCAUCCUGCUCUACCAAGUGUUGGUGGAGACGAAAAAGGAAGGAUCAUGGGAGAUUGGCAGCUGGCGAGGCACUCAAAUUCUGGAGUGCCCUGAAGAGCUUGCCAAGAACAUUGGAGAGCGCAUCAUGGAGCCUGGCGACUGCCGCAUGCUCACUCUCAUUCCGACCAGGAAUUGGAAGGAAUGCGAGGCAGUGCAGAGCACAUUGAGCGCGCUCGUGGGCACGAUUGUCCCCGGGCAGUUGCGGAAGGUGGACACUGUGUUCCUCGUCUCCGGACUGCAGAUCAUGGGCUUGAGCUCGGCACAUCCAGAUGCUGCUGAAGAGAAGCGCGUGGCCCUGCGCGCUGUGUUCGCGGAUAGCGACUGCCAGUGCAGCAUGGUGCUCUACCACGACCACGUCGAGUUGGCCUUGCAGGAGCAGGGUUACUCGCUGCCGAAUCCUUGCAAAGACACUGCAGAGCUGCGGUCCGAAGUGCGAAACGCAUUCCGGAGCGCACUGUGGACUUGCAAAGUCACCUUUCGGGAGAACGACUACCAGCAGAUCCUGGAGUUGGAGUGUCGCCAUCUGACGCCUUUCCUGCCCUUCAACAAGGACUGCCCGGACCUGACGCCCCACAUGCUGGAGCUUCCACGCUGCUCUCUGGGCGGCGGCUGCCCGGUUGCUGCUUUGCGCGACUUACGCGUGGACACAGACUUGGGCUCUUUGACGAUUCAAGAGAUCGACGCUCCGUCUGUGCGAGCGCUCGUCAUGUUCAACGAAGUCCAGCUGCCAGAUGAUGAGUCUCUGCAGCAAGACCCGCAAUCUGCAUCGGCCAUGCGAGUCAAGCGCUCGGUGGACUGCUGCUUGUCAGUGCCCGACGCUGAAACCCUCUUGCCUUUCCGGAGCAAAAUCCGAGCAGCAGGCCCUGCGUCUGCAGUGAAUUGGAUCCUCCGAGCACGGCCAGGUGAAGUCCACCAAGUGGUCAUCAUGCAAGCCGACGCGGAGAAUGAGUGGUCUGUCCUCUGGCACGUGGAGGUUCACGAGAAGGCGGUGCUGGCUGUCAACGCGUACUACUCUCACAUCAUCUCCAAGCAGACGGCGGCUGCUGCUCUGAGCUAUGCCAGUGAGUGGACUCCCGGUAAGCGAGUGCGCACGCUGCGAGACAGCAUGCCAACCCCUUUUAAGACGAGCUCUGCUUGGCAAGACCAGUGCUAG